AUAUGACAGAAGAAUCAGUAAUUGAGUUAUUACGAGAAACAAAUACUGAAGCAAUGGAUGAAGCAAUAAUUAAUGAAGAAUUACUACCUCUGAUUAUUGAUUUUCCUAAUGCUGAUCUUCCAUCUGGAAAUACUAGAGCAGCAUGUGCAGCCCGAUUAGCUGCAUUGGAUACUAGAAAUAAUGAAUUACAAUUACAGGAUAAU